AUGAGACCGCGCGCUUUCAAAGACAUAAAGCAGCAGCAUCCAUUAGAGAGGCUUCAGUAUGCUGCUGCUGGUGAACAAAGCUUAGUCGAGUCUCUCCAGCGCACCCUCCCCGCCGCCGCCGCCGCCGCCAUGUCCGCAUUGUCCGCGCUCGCGCGCUCGCUGCUCGCGCUCGCCGCGCUACUUGCCGUCGCCGAAUCCGGAGAUUAUGACUGUGUCACGAAGAUUAUUGGACGAACAAAAAAACAUUCCCGCAGCAUAAAGAGUUAUUCUCCAUUUUAUGUUGCGCAUCCCGGACACAGAAUAGAUACUCCCAGAAUUGAGAGGAUUCCAUUUCUAGACCAAGUUGGACAAAACGUAACGGCAUGCAACAACAAGCCAGGCCACCGCCCGCCCACCAUCAAGGCCUCCCACCCUGACCAGUUCUCGUCGGUAGACAUCGACCCGUGCGAGGAUCCUUAUGGGUGUAUAGUCUAUGUCACGCAGUAUUUCGAGUAUCCUUCUGACACCUAAGCAUUUAAUGGGGUCGCUUGUACCUACGGCCGAAUGUUCUUUACAAAGCGUUUAAGAGUUUUUGUUGUUUGCAACUCUUGAGGCAACAUCGCCAGUUGAAUAAAUCAUAAGUAAAAAUGUUCAUGAAAUUUAACUUAAAA